UUUCUCGCAUAACUUGCCGUCAAUCAAUCAAAUUUUAAUGAUACUUGCCGUAUUAGUUAUGAAUAAAAAUGGAAAAGCUAGAAUAGCACGUUUUUACAAUGAUGUAGAAUUUGAAAAACAACAAUAUCUUAUCCAACGUAUUCACUCACUUGUCGUAAAGCAGAAUAAAGAAUUGAAUUCAAAUAUUGUAGAUAGUAGCUUACUAUUCGGAAACAAUAGUCGUAUAACAUUCAGAUGUUUUACAACUCUCUACUUUAUUGUUGUCCAUGAUAAUAACGAAAGCCCACUCUCUAUUUUAGAUUUAAUUCAAGUGCUAGUGGAAACUUUGAAUUGUUACUUUGAAAACGUGUGCGAGUUAGACAUCAUAUUCAAUUUUGAUAAAGUGAAUUACAUUCUAGACGAAUUUAUUGUUGCCGGAAUUGUUACAACAUUAAACAUGAAAGAAUUGUGUGAUAAGAUCAAAUUGAAUCAAAAAAUUUCUCAAUCACAAUCAUCUAAAACAAUUGAAGGUGUACUAGAAAAAAUUAAACAUUUCUCAUUAUCAUAGACUCUAAUUUUUCAACAUUAUAGCUCUUUAACAAAAUAGUUAAAAAUUUUUUAUUUUUUCAACUAUUUACUGUUACACCCUGCUUGAAGUAUUUUAAAGAAUUUAGGGAGGAUAAAGAGUAGAUUUUUAAUUUACAGCUUAUUUUAGCUGCGCUACUAUUUUAAAAGAAUUCCAAUGUUUUAAUAGAAACAAUUUUAAAGUUUAAGGUGUUUGCUUAAGCCAAAAUUUUUUAUAGACAAUAAGAAGACUAAAAAAAAACAUUUACAGAUUUUUUAAUUCGAAAAAGUGAAGACGCAAUUACUUCGCGUUACUAGUAUUUAAAUUCUUGUUCUCUGGGUUGUAUAUUCAUUUUAAAAAGAAAGCAGUAAACAUGUAAUGUAAAAAAACUAAACAGAGUUGUAACAAUGGAAUUAAUAUAGAAUUUUUUAUUUUAAAAUACAAUGCAGAAAAAAUAAUCAGUCAAUUAAUUAAUAGAGGAUCAGAA